AUACCAUCUGUCCAGAAAUUUGCGUAACAACAAAGGAGGACCUGAAUCUACUUGGCGCACCCCUUUUCGAAGAAGGCUUCAUUAAGUUUUCUGAAAAAGUUUUGAGCAAGUUGAAGGUUAUGUUCGAGCGUUUGAAACUUCUUAAUUCUCAUACGGCUUUAUUUCUUUUAAAAAACUGUUUUGCCGUUCCGAAACUUACAUAUUUGCUCAGAACGUCACCAGCAUGGAAAUUCGAAGAUUUCAUAUCAUCUUUCGAUGACGAAAUUAAGGACCUUCUGGAAACAAUCCUAAAUAUUGAUAUGAAUGACCAACAAUGGACUCAAGCCACAUUGCCUAUCAAUUUUGGGGGCCUUGGUAUAAGGAAACUACAAGACAUUUCUUUGCCAGCUUUCCUUAGCUCUUCAUUUGGAGUUAAAAGUCACGUCUCUCAUAUUCUCAAUUUUCAAGAUACGACUUUUAUUGUUCAUUUAGAUGAAGCUUUGGAAAAAUGGAAAAGUUUAAAUGAUCUUCAAGCACCUUCUAUCAAGCAUUUGCAAAAGAAUUGGGACUUAAUUAACGUUCAACGGAUAAUGAAUGAGAACUUCAAGUUUACAUUGAAAACGGACAUAGCACGUUUCAAAGCUUUGCAAUGUAAAGAAUCAAAUGCCUGGUUACAUUCAAUACCAUCAUCAAACAUUGGAACAGUCAUGGACAGAAAUGACGGAAAAAGACCGGAUGCAACCUGUGUCGAUACUUUCGCAGACUCAUAUUUAUCAAAAACAUCUACAAAGGCUAGACAACUUGCAGAUUAUGCAGCGUCUCAGAAGCACAAACAUUAUUCAGAACUUUUGUCUUCUAACAAUUAUAUUCUAUUAGCCUUCGCUGUUGAAACUAUGGGCCCGUGGAGUGAAGAAGCAUUAAAUUUCGUAGACAAAAUCGGCCAUAAACUACAAGAGUUGACUGGAGACAAAAGAUCAAAAUUCUUUCUAAUACAGAGAAUGUCAAUGGAAAUACAAAGACACAACGCCGCUUGUAUUAUGGGCACAAUUUCCCCGAAUAAACCAUUGGAAGAAGUUUUCUAUUUAUAA